AAGACAGGUAACUGGAAAAGACUAAUUUGCCCACAACGGCGUUUUCCUAUUCCCACCUUCUUUAUCUUUUCCAACUGUACCAUUGGUACGAACAGCACAGGUAAGAAGACAAGAUUGCAUAAUAUACUUCAGGGUAAGCUCGAGAAUCGACGCAAAUUCAGUUUGGAUCUUUGGACUAUUCGAUUACAGAAGCAGGCGAGGGGAGGGAUGGAUUGAUAGCACGAAUAAUGGAGGUCCAUGCUCUGGCGCCAAGGCCACCCACCCACGCACCAUAGUUUCCCGUUGCAUAAAAUAAUAGAAAAAUAAUUCUACGGGGGCAAUAAAUUCUUGUUCAAGAAAUGACCUCUGAAUGCGAGAGCAGUUACUGCUUGCAACAAACAAUGUUUAAUAAAGUGGGCUUUGUACAGAGUAUGCAUGUACAAGAUUCUUGACCUUUUUUCUCAAAAGAGAACAAGAGACAUCACAUUAUAAUCAUGAAUGCCUGUCUAGUGUGUUGUACUGAAGCUUUGUUUCCAGCCAAUCUCCGUAUUCCAUCCUUUUUUGUUUUCUGUGUUUCUAGAGACUCUCGUUUAUAGGGAUAUUAAAUUAUUAUGCUAAUCUGUUUGUUGAUGGUAUUUGGUUAUUUGUGUUGAGGUGGGAAAGUUGCUUACUUUCAAUUCAGAGAAAAUAUUUCAGAAUCCUCCUUGUUUAUUUAUUUGAUUGGCUUUGAAUUGUAUUUGCUUUGGGAUUUUUCCUUAGAUCUGCUGGCUGAUCGAGCUUUGUCUUGGUGGGUGCACCAGCCUUGCAUGAAGGGGAGAAUCCAGCUGAAUGAUUUAAAUUAGGAAUUUUCAUGUAUCGUUGGUGUUUCUUUUUGAUGUGCUUAUUUAGUGGUGCUUGAAUUCUCGGGUCGGCUGGGAAGAAAAACAAGGGUGGAUACAGUAACCCAAAGCACACAUACUAUAUAGGGUGGGUUCAGCCAGAGGUCAAUGAUGCUGGGCCAGGGGACAGGGAUCUUGGGCUUAUUGCCUCUGUUAUUUAUUCUCAUUCUUUCUUGUUCUGCUGAGGCUCAGAAAUCGGCUGUCCUGAUAAAUUGUGGGGCAAAGGGCAGUGCAAAUGUGGAUGGAAGGGAAUGGGCAUCUGAUACAGCUCCUGGAAACAAUAUGACCCUCAGCAGCCCCCCUGGAAUUGGGGUUUCUACAAAUGUAUUCAAUGGUGAUCCAGCAUACGAGCAGCUUUACAAGAAUGCUAGAAUUUUCUCCGACAGUCUGAAUUACACUUUUCAAGGACUGAAAGGGGAUUAUUUUCUCAGGCUUCAUUUUUACCCUUUGGUUGCUGAUGGAUAUAAUGUGAAUGAGUCUUACUUUUCCGUCGAGGCUAAUGGUUUCAAGUUGGUUUCUGAGAUGAAUGUCCCUGGUGAGAUUUCAGAUAAGAAUUUGAACUUGGUGCAACAUGGGGCUAAUUCCAGCUAUUUCUAUUUGUUGAAGGAGUACUUCUUCUCUGUUGAUAGUGAUGUGAUUGUUGUAAGUUUCGUUCCGUCCAAAGGGUCUUUUGGUUUUGUCAGUGCAAUAGAAGUUAUUUUAGUGGGAAAUAAGCUGUUUAGUGACUCAGUGCUCAGAGUUGGUGUGAAUGGUGGUGAUGGUUCAGUGAACUUGAGCAAACGAGGAAUUGAAACAAUGUAUAGAUUGAAUGUUGGGGGUUCCUCUAUUAAGCCUUCGCAGGAUUCAUUUUUGUGGAGAACAUGGGGAAUGGAUACAAGCUACAUGAUCAAUGCAGAUGCUGGCAAAGAAAUCGCAAACGGAACUAAUGUCACUUAUGCCAAUUCAAAUGACACUGCUGUGGCUCCUCUGGAAGUGUAUGAAACUGCUAGAAUCCUGACAAAUGCUGAAGUCAUUGACAAGAGAUUCAACAUGUCCUGGAAAUUGGAAAUUGAUCCAAAUUUUGAGUAUCUCAUCCGCUUGCAUUUCUGUGAACUGGAGUAUGAUAAGCCCAAUCAAAGGGUUUUCAGAAUAUUCAUAAACAAUAAAACUGCCACCGACAACUUUGACAUCUAUGUUCGAGCUGGAGGAAUGAACAAGGCAUAUCAUGAGGAUUUCUUUGAUUCUGUAAAGAGCUACACCAUAUGGAUACAACUAGGUCCUGACCCGACAACCGGUUCUGCUGGAACAGAUGCUCUCCUAAAUGGUUUGGAGAUUUUCAAGCUUAGUCGUAAUGGAAAUCUUGCUUUUGUACAAACAUAUAGCAAUAUAAAAGUGAAGAGCUCUUCAAGAAGCUUGGUCCUUUGGGUGGGCAUUGGAGCUUGUGUUACUUCGAUUGCCAUUCUUGGAGCCAUAUGCAUGAUGGUCAGGCGUUUCUGUAAAAAGAAAGGAGACUUAAAUGAUACCAAGAAGAGCCCUCCCGGCUGGCGACCUUUGUUUUAUGGAUCUGUUCUGAACAGCAAAGCCAAUCCAAAAGGAUCAACUAGCUACCAUUAUCAGAAUGGUCAAUAUGGCAUUACUCGUUCUGGGAGGCGUUUUACAUUAGCUGAGAUCAGAGCAGCGACGCAAAACUUUGAUGAAAGUUUACUGAUUGGAGUAGGAGGAUUCGGUAAGGUAUACCAAGGAAAAAUUGAUGAAAGCACCCUUGUGGCAAUUAAGAGGGCAAAUCCACAAUCUCAGCAGGGCCUGAUGGAAUUUGAGACGGAGAUUGAAAUGCUGUCAAAGCUUAGGCACAGGCAUCUUGUCUCCUUAAUUGGGUUCUGUGAUGAGCAGAAUGAGAUGAUUCUGAUAUAUGAAUACAUGGCGAAGGGAACUCUCAGGAGUCAUUUGUUUGGGUGUGACCUUCCGCCAUUGAGCUGGAAACAUCGUCUGGAGAUUUGCAUUGGUGCAGCACGAGGACUGCAUUAUCUUCACACUGGUUCGGAUAGAGGCAUCAUACACAGAGAUGUAAAGACGACCAACAUAUUGUUGGAUGAAGACUUUGUAGCAAAAGUGGCUGAUUUCGGACUGUCCAAAGCUGGUCCUUCACUGGAGCAAACUCAUGUAAGCACUGCAGUUAAAGGCAGCUUUGGCUAUCUUGAUCCUGAAUAUUUUAGACGGCAGCAAUUGACUGAGAAGUCUGAUGUAUACUCAUUUGGCGUUGUCCUGUUUGAAGUUGUCUGUGCACGAGCUGUGAUUAACCCUACAUUGCCCAAGGAUCAGAUCAACCUUGCAGAGUGGGCUAUGCGUUGGCAACGAGAAAGAUCACUGGAAAGAAUAAUUGACCCAAGCCUCAGAGAAAAUUAUUCUACAGAAUCACUGAUUAGAUUUGGAGAGAUUGCAGAGAAAUGUCUUGCUGAUGAGGGGAAGAGCAGGCCUACAAUGGGAGAAGUUCUCUGGCACUUGGAGUAUGUCCUACAGCUUCAUGAUGCCUGGUUGCGGAGUAAUGCCAAAGAUGAUUCAGUUGCCGCAAUCCAGGGCUUAAAGAAUUCUGCCAUUGAUGAGGGCGAAUCUGAUGGGAUCAUCGACGCAGAAAAUUUAGAUACUGGGGUGGAGAUGAAAACCAGCACUGAUGGAGGAUCAGUCUUGGGAACAGGUAGCAUGCUGGCUUCCGGGGUUGAUGCUUUCUCGCAGAUGGUAGACCAACGGGGAAGGUGAAAUCAUAACCCUGUGGCCAUGCAUGAUCUGGUAUUAUAUCACAAAAUUGGCAUGUGUAGGAAUUUCCAUAUAAGGCUUUGGAAAUCCUUUUCAAGCAUUUACACAAAUCUUUAAUUCAGGUUCAAUUCUUUUAUUCUUCUGUUUCAGUCAUUUAGGUCCAGUAUUUGCUGUCUUCAAUUAACUGUACACUGAAAGAGCUUGAGGGGCUUGAGAGUACCAUGAACUGCUGCUGGAAUUGUAAUGAGUUUUUCUUUUCUUUUUCUCAAGUAAUGAGUUUGUUUGUUGUUUGCACAGAAUUCUUUUGUAUUCAUGG